CACUAACUGACAUUUCAAUUCACAGGACACAAUAAUGAGUCGGAUCGCUAAUUUUUUACGCAGGUCAUUUGGAGUAGUAAAAGAACACGUCGGGACAGAUCAUUUAGGAAAUAAAUACUACAUUAUUCCAGAGCAGAAGACAUGGACUGGAAGGAUCAUUCGGGCCAAGCGUACAAUGGAGCCCUCUAAUCCAGCAGAAUACCAGUAUCUGGAAGGAAGCAUACCUUCUGAGUGGGAUGCUUGGAUUCGAGGCAGAAGAAAUCAGCCACCCACUCUUGAGGAGCUGAUGAAGAACGAGUCAUACAGAAAGAACAUUAAGGUCAAAGCUCAGGAGGCUUUGGAAAAGGACAUGGCCCUCCAGGCCAAAGAAUAUGAGGAAGGGCUGGUGGCACGCCCCUCCCAAACCCAGGUCAAAGGUCAUGCUUCUGCCGCACACUUUGGAAAACAAGAGAUCAGCGAAGAUCCAGUCAGCACGGGUAGCACUUUCCAACCAGGCGCCUGGACUCCCUCAGGAGGGAAAAAAUAGAACUUAUCUGAAUGCCAUUGAAUCGAUGUAAAUAUGUUUUUCUUUUGUAAUUACAAUUCA